AAAUCAAGAUUGGGGCCUUCCUGUGCUAGGCACUCUACAUACACAGGAAGAGACAGCCUAUGUCCUGGAGAGCUGAGAAUCUAACUAGAUCCGCAUCUUUGCUGAAGCCGAGGAGAGAGAGAACAGGAGACACACGCACAAGGGGAAAAAAAAACUUAGCGGAAACUUGUCAGAGAAUGCUCCUAAAGUCAGUUCUUCUCCUGCUGCUGGUGAUCAGUGCUUCUGCAUCCUAUGAAGCUGAACAGAAUGACUCUGUGAGCCCCAGGAAAACCAGGGUUGCAGCACAGAACUCAGCUGAAGUGGUUCGCUGUUUAAAUAGUGCCCUUCAGGUGGGCUGUGGUGCAUUCGCAUGCCUGGAGAACUCUACUUGUGACACCGAUGGAAUGUAUGACAUCUGCAAAUCCUUCCUCUAUAGUGCUGCUAAAUUUGACACUCAGGGAAAGGCUUUUGUGAAAGAAAGCUUGAAAUGCAUUGCAAAUGGAGUCACAUCCAAGGUUUUCCUUGCUAUUCGGCGGUGCUCCACCUUCCAAAGAAUGAUCUCUGAGGUGCAGGAGGAAUGCUACAGCAAACUGGACAUGUGCAGCAUUGCAAAGCGCAAUCCUGAAGCCAUCACCGAAGUUGUCCAGCUUCCAAAUCACUUUUCAAACAGGUAUUACAACAAGCUAGUGAGAAGCUUACUGGAAUGUGAUGAAGAAACCGUUAACACCAUCAAAGACAGCUUAAUGGAGAAGAUAGGACCCAACAUGGCCAGCCUCUUCCACCUUCUGCAGACAGAUCACUGCGCACAAACGCACCCUAGAGCAGACUUCAGUAGGAGACGUAUCACUGAGCCUCAAAAGCUAAAAAUUUAUUUCAGGAACCUCCGCGGUGAGGGGUCUAUUCCAGCCCACGUGAAACGUACCUCUUCCGAAAGUGCGUAAUUCUGUAGGGGAGGAGAGGAGGGUGGGUGUGUAGGGGAUCUAAGCGCUACCAAAGGAGAAGCCUCUCUCUCUCUUAACAGAAGAGUUAAUGCACCCAACCAAGUGUACUGUACCUGGUUUUAAUAACAAUUAGAAACUGGUUUUAGAUGAAGUAGUUCAUAUUUUCUAUCCCUCUCAAACCAAUUUGCAUGGAAUUAGGCUUCUGUAUUCAGUGUCCCAACCUCCUGCAACUAAGUUGUCUCCACCUCUUCUCUUUGUCACAAAACCAAUUCUGAAACAAACCUCAGCUUUUAAAAUGUAAUCUUGCAGCAUUCAAACACUGUAGUCCAAACACCAUUCCAGUCUGAAAAUUUGGAACCGGCUAAAGUCAUGUAAUCUCAUUAAUAGUAUUAAGCUGGAAGGUAACGACAGAUACGCUAAAACUAUCUCUCAUCCUAAAGAUGUCAGUGGAAUUCGUGUUAUGAAUCUGUGCUGGCCAUGGACGAAUAUGAAUGUCAUGUUUGGAUUCUUGGUCUCUUAGUGGCAUACAGUCUUAAUCCUCCAACAUAACUCCCUUACCCAGUUCAUCUACCAAAAUCAGUUUUAGCUCAUUAAACGGAGGACUCUGUUUACUAUUGCCCUGGACCUCAGUGCAAACAAGUGAUUAAAAACAAAAAAUAAAAAUACUACACCAAAUAAGAUUAGAAUAAUUUUGCACGGUGUAAAUGACUAUGUGAGGUGCAAGGCCAUGGUGAAAGCAGGUUUUAAAGUCAGACAGUCUUGCAUUUUAUUACAAACCUAACAUCUUUAUGUACUGUAUCUAUACACAGCUUUAAAAGAACUUAACAACAACAGAAAUCUGUCUUCAGGCUAGAGUAUUGAAGGUCUUGCUCUAACUGUGGUAUAAAUAGUUUUUAAAAUCUGUCAUGUACUGUACCUAAAUUCCAGAAUGAGUGUGCUGAAAAGAAGCAGCAUAAAAUAAUUUUAUUGCAUAUAAAUUUAGUUUUGUAACUUAGCUUUAUUUUUUUUCCUGGUAACAGUAUCUCUAUCAUGUUCAAAAUUACACAUUCUCCUUUGUGGCCUUUUUAUAAUGAAAGGGAUAGAAGUUGUUCCACAAUCCAUUAGGACUGGACCAGAUGAAAAAAAAAAAAAAGAGCUGUUAACCCUUCAGAUCCCACAGGUAAAUUGGGUUAUGACUGCCCAUAGUGUAGCUCCAUGGGGUUGCCAUGGUACUUAGAUUAUAAUAGCGAAGGCUUGAGUAUUGCUAAAAAAGCUAUUUUGGGAAUUGUCAAAUGGCUGACAACUGCUUUAGCUAUCAAGGCUGCCACUGAGGCGAAAACUUCUUCAGAAGGUUUAUUUCUGGGAAAUGGCAGGGGAAGCAAGGCUGUGCGUGGCGUGGCUCACAGGAGCUGGGCAAGCCAAAUGUAAUGCAUAGCAUUGUGCUUGUUUUAAAGUCACAUAAAACAAGUUCCAUGCUGAUUAAAACACACCAUCUCCAGGGCUGCAUUUCUCAACAUGCAUCUCUUGUAGAAGCCAUUGAAAAGGAGGAUCGCAACUGAGACUGAAAAGCUGAUUCCUCGCAGUAAUAUCUGAAGGCCUCUACCAAAUGAGAAGAUUUUCUGAACAGUAGUCUGGCUCAGCUUUUGCAAGCCAAAAACAGCAACAUUUUGGCAUGUCGACAGGGCCAGUUCCACACUUACUCUCAUUCCAAAUCUACCCAGUUAGACUCUACUUCUGUGGGUGGCUGACUUUGUUAGCUCCCUAAAUAGCUGAGGGAAAAGAUUUUUGUAUAAGGCUAAAAGGAGAUGCAUCUUUUUUUUGCAAAAAUAUAAAGCAAUAUAAACUUAUGUUACCACAAAGCCUUUAAACAAUAACUUGCUGCUAAAAUAUUGAAACCAGAUGCAGUGGGAGCAUGUCCAAUAUUGCUGUCUUCAUUAAACAUAGCCCAAAAGUGCUGUCAUUAAACUGUAAGCAGCAAAAAAUGUUGCUGACAGUGGUGUGUAUUUUUGUUUGGUUUUGUUUUAUUUUUCGUAUUCUGGAUGAUACAAUCCAGUGCAAACUAGAUGCAAUGCUAACUAAUUCUUAAAAUGCUGUCUGGUAUGCUGGGUUCCAACUUACAAGCUCUGACUUACAAGCUGUAUCAUCAACAUUUUGGUCUUUAUCCUGCUAAGGCAUUUAGUCCCAGCUCCAACUUGAGAGCAACUCUACACUCUGCAGCAUCAAGCACCAAGACACUUGGAUUGAAAAAGGGACUUGAGGACAGGAAGUCUACUGGAUUUUGUGUAUCAAGUACUUACAGGCAUUUUGAUUAAAAAAACUCGUUAGCAAGAACACACAGUUAUAGAAAGGCUUGGCUACUCUGGGGAUUUGCCUGCCCUUACUAAAAGCAACUGGUAUAGUUGCACCGGUGCUGCAGACCCUUUAUAUACAGUGCAUAGUAGCUUUUUUUUUUUUCCACAAAUACAUCUUGCCUUAUAGAGUUUGGUAGAAACAGUUCAAUUAAAAUACAUGUCUAGAAAAUGACUUUUCGACAGACUUCCCCCCACACCCCUACCAGAUCCAUUUAUAUGAAAACCCAAAGAGUGGAAGGAAAUUCUUCCCCCCCAACCCAUAGCCCACCACUCUUUUCUUUAGGCUACCUAAAACCUGCAAGAUUUUGAUUCUUAAAUGAAAACUUUGAGCUAUCAAAAUCAGCUUUCAGCAAGAACCCCCAAAAUAAUAUGCAGUUAACGUGGGGUGUGUGGGGGGGGAUUCAAUAUUUUCCUUUGGGAUGGGGGGCUUUAGGCAGAAACUAAAGUUUAAAUUUAAUGUCACACUUCCUUACCUAUGGUAAACUUGCAACAAUCACUGGGAUACAUCCAUAAGAUCUGAAUGGGGGAUAAAUGAUUUUUCAGUAUAAACUCUGGCUAUGUCACAUCUAAUCUCUAAUGCUUUUUUUAUCUUGUGUUCACUGCAAAAUAUUUUUUUCGGGGAAGGGGGUGCUUAUCUAGAAAUGUUUGCAUGAUUCUCAUUGUGAUUUGUUUGCACUUUAGACAUUUUUGUGCCAUUUAAAAUUUGCAUUAUGUAUUUAUAAUUUAAAAAUACUUAGAUAUUUUUUGCUGAGUACUGGAAUAAACAGUAAGCAUAUCUGGUAUAUGUCAUUAUUUAUUGUUAAAUUACAUUUUUAAAGCUCAGUGUGUUCAUAUAAAAGGUUAUUUGAAACAUAUCAUAAUAAUAAGAAAGAUGCAAGUUAUUUUCUUUGCUUAUUUUUAUACUUAAAGAUCCAUAACAUAAUGAGGCCUAUGGUGGAUUCCUUCUGCAAUUAAAUAAAAUGUUAAAUUUG